UUUUUUAAAUUUGUAGCUAAACCAUUUACACAGCUGGUGAAGGAGAUGCAGCUUCAUCGAGAAGACUUCGAAAUCAUUAAAGUGAUCGGAAGAGGGGCUUUUGGAGAGGUUGCUGUUGUCAAAAUGAAGAACACUGAACGAAUCUACGCCAUGAAAAUCCUCAACAAGUGGGAAAUGCUGAAAAGAGCAGAGACUGCCUGUUUCCGAGAAGAGCGCGACGUGCUGGUGAAUGGGGACUGCCAGUGGAUCACCACGCUGCACUACGCCUUCCAGGACGAGAAUUACCUGUACUUAGUCAUGGAUUACUAUGUGGGUGGUGACUUACUGACCUUGCUCAGUAAAUUUGAAGACAAGCUUCCAGAAGAUAUGGCAAGAUUCUACAUUGGUGAAAUGGUGUUGGCCAUCGAUUCCAUCCAUCAGCUUCACUAUGUGCACAGAGACAUUAAACCUGACAAUGUCCUUUUGGACGUGAAUGGUCACAUCCGCCUGGCUGACUUUGGAUCAUGCUUGAAGAUGAAUGACGAUGGAACUGUCCAGUCUUCUGUGGCCGUGGGCACUCCUGACUACAUCUCGCCCGAGAUCCUGCAGGCGAUGGAGGACGGCAUGGGCAAGUAUGGCCCCGAGUGUGACUGGUGGUCUCUGGGCGUCUGCAUGUACGAGAUGCUGUACGGAGAAACACCCUUCUACGCAGAGUCACUCGUGGAGACCUAUGGAAAGAUCAUGAACCACGAAGAGCGAUUUCAGUUUCCAUCCCAUGUCACCGACGUGUCUGAAGAAGCCAAAGACCUCAUUCAGAGACUCAUCUGCAGCAGAGAGCGCCGGCUGGGCCAGAACGGGAUAGAGGACUUCAAAAAGCACGCAUUCUUUGAAGGUCUGAAUUGGGAAAACAUACGGAACCUGGAAGCACCUUAUAUUCCUGACGUGAGCAGUCCUUCUGACACCUCCAACUUUGAUGUGGAUGACGAUGUGCUAAGAAAUAUUGAAAUAUUACCUCCUGGUUCUCAUACAGGCUUCUCUGGGUUACAUUUGCCAUUCAUCGGUUUUACAUUCACAACGGAAAGCUGUUUUUCCGACCGAGGCUCUCUGAAGAGCAUAAUGCAGUCCAGCACCUUGACCAAAGACGAGGGUGUGCAGCGGGACCUGGAGAAUAGCCUGCAGGUAGAAGCCUACGAACGGCGGAUCCGGAGGCUGGAGCAGGAGAAGCUGGAGCUGAGCAGGAAGCUGCAAGAGUCCACCCAGACCGUGCAGUCCCUGCAUGGCUCCACCCGGGCCCUGGGCAGCUUGGCCCGGGAUAAGGAAAUCAAAAAGCUAAAUGAAGAGAUUGAGCGUCUGAAGAAUAAAAUAGCAGAUUCAAAUAGGCUCGAGCGGCAGCUGGAGGACACGGCGACCCUUCGCCAAGAGCAUGAGGACUCCACACAUCGGCUGAAAGGCCUGGAAAAGCAGUACCGUGUGGUGCGGCAGGAGAAGGAGGAUUUUCACAAGCAAUUGGUCGAAGCUUCAGAGCGAUUGAAAUCCCAGGCCAGAGAACUCAAAGAUGCCCACCAGCAGCGAAAGCUGGCCUUGCAGGAGUUCUCGGAGCUCAACGAGCGCAUGGCAGAGCUUCGCUCCCAGAAGCAGAAGGUGUCCCGGCAGCUCCGCGACAAAGAGGAGGAGGUGGAGGUGGCCAUGCAGAAGAUCGACUCCAUGCGGCAGGAAAUGCGCAAAUCUGAGAAGUUCAGGAAAGAGCUGGAAGCUCGGCUGGAGGACGCCGUUGCCGAGGCCUCCAGGGAGCGCAAGCUUCGUGAGCACAGCGAGAACUUCUCCAAGCAAGUGGAAAGUGAGCUUGAGGCCCUCAAGAUGAAGCAAGGAGGCCGGGGACCAGGUGCCACCUUAGAACAUCAGCAGGAGAUUUCCAAAAUCAAAUCCGAGCUUGAGAAGAAAGUCCUGUUUUACGAAGAGGAGUUGGUCAGGCGUGAGGCCUCCCAUGUGCUGGAAGUCAAAAACGUGAAGAAGGAGGUGCACGAUUCGGAGAGCCACCAGCUGGCCCUGCAGAAGGAAGUUCUCAUGUUAAAAGACAAAUUGGAGAAGUCAAAGCGAGAGCGGCACACGGAAAUGGAGGAGGCGGUAGGCACAGUAAGAGAUAAGUACGAGCGCGAGAGAGCCUUGCUUCUGGAGGAGAACAAGAAGCUCACGGCUGAGAGCGAGAGGCUUUGUUCCUUUGUGGACAAACUCACAGCUCAAAAUAGACAACUGGAGGAUGAGCUGCAGGACCUGGCAGCCAAGAGGGAGUCGGUUGCCCACUGGGAAGCUCAGAUUGCAGAGAUCAUUCAGUGGGUCAGCGACGAGAAAGAUGCCCGAGGUUAUCUUCAGGCUCUUGCUUCUAAGAUGACCGAAGAGCUCGAGACUCUGAGGAGCUCCAGUCUGGGGUCCAGAGCACUGGAUCCCCUUUGGAAGGUUCGCCGGAGUCAGAAGCUGGACAUGUCUGCGCGGCUAGAAUUGCAGUCCGCUCUUGAGGCAGAGAUCCGGGCCAAACAGCUUGUUCAGGAGGAGCUGAGGAAAGUCAAAGACACGAAUCUCUCCUUUGAAAGUAAACUAAAGGAUUCCGAAGCCAAAAAUAGAGAAUUAUUAGAAGAAAUGGAAAUUUUGAAGAAAAAGAUGGAAGAAAAAUUUAGAGCAGAUACUGGUAAAUUA